AUGAGCCGACCAAAGCAGCUUCACCUUACGGCGUUUAUGCGCCCAGUGAGCUUACACACGGGUGCAUGGCGAUACCCGGGUUCGUAUCCCGACGCCAACUUUAACCUCUCGCACCUCAAAUCCUUCAUCAGAGCACUCGAGGAAGCUAAGUUUGACGCCUUUUUCAUGGCCGACCAUCUUGCUGUGCUCAAUAUGCCAACUGAGGCACUCAAGCGGAGUCAUACCGUCACCUCAUUCGAGCCUUUUACCCUGCUGUCAGCGCUCUCGCAGGUCACUGAGCGCAUCGGACUCGCCGCCACGGCCUCCACCACGUACGACGAGCCGUACCAUAUCGCCCGCCGCUUUGCCUCUCUUGAUCAUAUUAGCAACGGUCGCGCUGCCUGGAACAUCGUGACGACAGGGAACCCGGAGUCAUCUAAGAACUUUGGUUUCGACGAGCACCUCGAGCAUAGCAAGCGCUAUAAGAGGGCGAGGGAAUUCUAUGACGUCGUGACAGGGCUAUGGGACAGUUUUGCCGAUGAUGCCUUCGUGCGCGACCAGGCGACCGGCAUCUUCUUCGACCCCGAGAAGCUUCACAUCCUAAACCACAAAGGAGGUGACUUGAGCGUUAGGGGCCCACUAAAUAUCGCCCGGCCGGUCCAGGGAUGGCCUGUCAUCGUACAGGCUGGCCAGUCCGAGCCUGGGAGACAGUUGGCCGCCGAGACGGCCGAACUCGUGUUUUGCUCACCCCGAGAUAUCCAAUCGGCGAAAGACCUAUAUGCGGAUAUCAAAGGACGUUCUGCUAGAGCUGGAAGGAAUCCUGAUCACCUCAAGAUUCUGCCAGCUGCUCUCAUCAUCAUUGGCGACACCAUCGAGGAGGCUAAGAGUAAGCGCCUGCACCUAGAUAGCCUAGUUCAUUACGAUAGUGCCAUUGCAUCACUCUCCGUCGUUCUCGGAACGGACGCUUCGGGCUUCGAGCCGGACCAAUCUCUCCCUUUCAAUCUCCCAGAAACAAAUGGGAGUAAGUCAGCGCGAGAGAGCGCGCUCAAGCUCGCUGCCGAGGAGGGAUUGACUGUGAGGCAGCUCGCCCAGCGCUACGGGGAUAUUCCGGCCUCGCUUUUGUUGGCACCCCGGGUCCGUCGCGGAGGAACUUGGGCAGGAAUCGAGGAUGUUGCGCGGCGUCUAGUGCCAGAGCUCCAGCGGCGGGGCUCUUUCGUCAAGAUUACGAGGGAACCACCCUGCGAGAACAUUUGGGCCUACCUCGGCCGGAGAACCGCUUUUUUCAAGGGUCUACGCCAAAUUCGACGGGUUCCCCCGCAUCCGGAUCUUUCCGACCCUGAAAACUAUGAUGUGAUCUAUAACGUUGGCAGCAAGUUUUAUAAAAAGGCCAAUCUCUACGGUGCGCUUGGCAUCGAAGUCAUGUUUAGCGCCGAAUCCAACGAGCAACACCGCCGGUCCGAUACAAGCUUUGCCGGAAGACUGGGCGAGGAAGAUGAGCCCCGCGAUGGCCCCGCGAUGGACGGUUGGAUGGAUUGUGUGCAGAGGGCGCGGGAGUACGUCUUGAAGGUCAAGGACCAGUUUGAUGCUGGGAUCAAGCCUAGCCGACAAACUAUUUUUCACGAGAUUCUUGAAUCUAAGAACCCGGGAACGGACAAUCUGGGACCGCGACUGUUACCGGCCAGGUCCAUCGUCGGUAUGAGCUCCUGGAUGAUGCACCGUAACCCUAUAGUUUACACCAAUCCAGACGUUUUCAACCCGGAGCGCUGGCUCGACCCCGACCAAUGCCGCGCCGGCGAAAAGUGCCUCAUCCCAUUCUCUCGCGGCUCACGCCUGUGCAUCGGCCAGAACCUGGCCAUGUCUGAGCUCUUUGUCACCCUCGGUACCAUAUUCCGCAGGUUCGAUAACCUCGUCGCGUACGAUGUCGGACCAGAGGACAUGGGGUAUGUGGAUUAUUUUAGUGCAUUUCAUCCUAGGGACUCGAGAACGUUCAAGGUCGCGGCGAGGGGAACUGAGGGCGGAAAACUCAAGGUGGAUGGCUUAGUAAGAGCGUAA